AGGUGCAUCCGGGCACUAGGCAGGUAAAUCUAUCCUUUCAUUUGUGCGCACUGGGGCGCACUUUAACACAAUGAAUCAAUACAAUAUGUGAAGAGAGUGGGGACGAGACUGGAAUGUUAUAGUGUGAGGGAUCAUGGCGUCGUCCACAGCGUUUUUAGCAUUUGCCAUCUUUUUCACGGUUGUUUCUUUAUUUUUUGUGGCUUUAUCGUUUUCAACGGACAAUUGGUUGCAAUAUACAGUGGAUAGAUCUGCUUUAGCUCAAUCUACGUCGAGUCAAGUUAUCAGUGAGAAAAACAGACUGCCAUGGUAUCACAGUCGGCACAGGGGACUCUUCAGGACCUGCUACGAAGGGAACGAAACAACGUUUUUGGAGACAGAGCCAUAUAACAGUCAGAGAAUAGACCGCAACUGUCUCUAUCUGAAUUAUGAUAUCCCAGAGCCUGAUAAUUUUAACUUAAAAUCCAGCGACUACAGACUGAGGAUACAUUUAAUGAGAUGUCAUGUGGGUUUCCUUAUCACGGCCCUCUUCUUCCUCCUGAUUGGCUGCGUGGUUGGAGCCUUCGGCUGCUGGAAAGCUAAAGCAACGACGUCCAGAUAUGCCGCAGUUGUCGUGUUCAUCGGAGCUUUCUUUACCGCGGCUGGCAUGGCUUUCUUCCAUGGUGCCGAAUACAUCGAGAGGAACAAGGUCCGCGAAGACAACACCUUCCCGCUGAAUUGGCAUUCGGAUUUGUUUACAAAUACAGUCCGCAGCUACGGCUGGUCUUACAUCUUGGGCUGGGUUGGCAUGGCAAUAGGCGCUAUUUCGGCCAUCUUGUACCUCAUCGCCAGUUGGUUGAUCAAGCAGAAGUUGAAAGAUGAAAAGAUCCCAUUGGAUACAUACAGCAUGAGGAGCCGCAAUCGAGCUUAUGACUACAUGGAUCCGUACGCCAACGGCCCGGGUCGUCCACCUUACGGAUACGAAGAUCCUUACUCCAAAGGCGGUGAUCCAGGAACGUGGGGAUGGACAAGAUAUUAAUUGAACAACCUCGUACUUCUAUUCGACUGGAGAGUAUUUGAAAUUGCAGAUUUUCAAGAUUGUAAUGGAUGCAGGAUAUGAACUUUGGAAACUGCAUUCUCUUUUAAUGCUUCCAAAAGAUAUUCUUUUGGUCGAAAAGAUAAUGUUUGAGGAUAAGAUGGAAAAAUCCAUGCGUUUUCACUAUUCCGGCAGAUUUUUAAUUUUUUUUUCAUAUUUUGCGAAGUUUCCAUGUGUUUGUCGCUCAAGCGAUGUAUUUCUUUUUUUAUAAUUGUUCAUGUCUAAUUUGCGUAAAUGUUUGUGUAGAAGGGAGGAUACUAAAGACCUUGAUGAGAAAAAUAAACAGUUGACAUGUAAAGGUUAACUGUUCCAUGCAAUAUUUGAUAUGUAUUAAUAAGAGGCUGCAAUAAUGCCCCUGCCUGUAUAUUUUUUUUUCUGAGAGGGCACUUAAAUUUUGAUAACAAACAACAGAUACAUCUCAUUCGUGUAGCUUAAAUGAAAAAUAUUAUUCAUUUUGGGAAAUAUGCAACCUUUGUGCGCAAGAACUGAUACAUUGGGCAUUCGACACGAUUUGCCUUUUUAUCUACUCUAUCAAACCGUGUAAUUCACGUAGACAGUUUUAUAAAUUCUUAUAUCAGAUUAAUUACCAUAAAAUGUUCACCAGAAAAAUAUAGGGAGCUACAUGUACUUCAAGUCAACCUGUUACUUCUUUAGCGACAAAAGAUAUUUGUGAAUUUUGAUUUUUUUCUUCAAAUUCAAACGUAUUUUCAAUUUGUAAUCGUAUCUAUGGGUACAUCCACUAAAAUAUUAAACGCCGAUGAAUGUUUCAAAGGACUAUAUAUCGCAGACUAACUUAUAUUUGUAUUUAUCCAAUUAACGUAAUUGUAUUUGUUUUUCUUACUCAAUCAGGGGUGCAUACAGUACCAAGAAUUUUUACAAGUUUUAGAUCUGCUCUUUUGAUUUCCGUUAGUUAUAGCUCAAUAGUUGUUAAAAGCUGUUAAGACAGCGUAUUAGGCACAAUUAAAGUGCAUUUAUUAGAGAAAUAUGUCUGUUAAAGCACGCUGUAGCUCUCUUUUUCGCACGAUCACGAGCAUGAACUCUAGCCAUUAACUUUAUGAUAGAAAAUUGAAAAUAAAUAAAUCAUGAAAAAGACAAAACAACUGGAUAAACAUUUCAAGUAUUAAACGAUACAUGUACAGUCAUUUUCCUACCGAUUUUAAAUGUGUGUUCUAUGAAAAACUUGUAAAACACAUGGAAUAUGUCGUUGGCCAACCACCAAUUUAUUACUUUGAAUGGAUGCUAUUUUCGUAUCUUAUGACAUGUAAACAAGAUGUAAAUACUAGAAAGGUUGUAGCACAAUUUUUCACGUGAAUUUUUCAUAGUACCAUGAAUUUGUAGAGACAAUAUUCUUCUGUAACACUAUUUAGAAAAAAAACAGGAAAAUAAAGUAUAACAUGUUA